GUACCUUUUAUAAAACCAUAUUUAAAAAUUUAUUCUUGUGAUGAACCACCAUAUCAUUCUCGUUACUCUUAAUGCUUCAUGCAGUGUAUCUACGUAUUUUUAUAAGUAAUUUUCAAUGUAAUAAAUAUGAGUCAGCUUUGAAUAUAGAAUUUAUUGAAAAACAGAUUAAUAAACAGAAUACUAAGUUUAAUUUAAAAUAUUAUUAAAAUAGUUAUAAAAUUUUAAUGAAUGGCCAUAAUAUCACCUUCCCAUGUGUAACAACGAUGACAUAACUAUAAAUGAGACUUUCUAAGUUACGAACAAAAAAGUCACAUUACCUUCUUCAUCACUAUAACAUUUUUUAUUUAGCCUGCCUGAGAUGCAGAAUUUCAUUAAACAUGCUAUAACAUUGUUCACCAUGCCAAAAAAAAUACGGACAUAAUAGAACUAUAGAAGGUCUGAAAAAAACUUGUACGUUAAACUUAUGAAGUAUUGCAAUAAAAUAUUUUUCAUCUCUUGUAUUUUAGACUAGAUAUAUAUAGUUUCCAUGAAAUUAUAUGCUUGCAAAUUUUUUUCUUGGGCUACCAACAGUAGUAAUCUAUUGGGGAUAGCGUUAUCAAUAUUUAAUGGCGCGUUCAAUAUACAGGUCGAGUUUCUGAAAGAGGGUGGAUAUUCCUUCACAUUAUGACAGGAAAAGCAAAAUAACUGUUCAUAGUAGUUUUAAACAUGGACACUACAGAACCUUUAAGUUAUAAAGAUUUUAUGUGGGCAGUUGAAAUACAUCGCGUAAGCUUUGAAAUAAUGGGUUUAUGGCCUAAAGAAGACAAAUUUAAUAGAAGCAAUUUAUGGUCGAAACUUCGUGUAGGCAUUAUUUUAUGUCUAUUAAUAUUUGUUAUCAACGUUCCAGUGAUACAUGGGGUAAUACAAGUAUGGGGCAACAUGAUUCUAGUAAUACAGAAUUUACGUAGUGCAUUACCUCUGAUAAUAUCAUCAAUGAAAUACGUUAUUAUGCUAUGGAAACGAAUAGUUUUUUUGUCGAUUAUAAACAUGAUGGCGGAAGAUUGGAUGGCAUUCAAAUCGAAUAAAGAGAAAACCGUGAUGAUAAAACAAGCACAAACUGCUCGAUUAAUCAUGGUCAUUGGAUACCUUUUCAUGAUAAUAGGAGUUCUUGGAGCAAUAAUUCCAGCAUUUUUUGGCAUACAAACAUUGUCAAUAACAAAUCGCACAAAUCAGCAUAAGACGUUACUGUUCUUGACAUAUGACUUUUAUGAUUCAGAUAAGAGUCCGCAGUAUGAAUUGACGUUUUGUAUUCAAGCCAUAUCGUCCGUAUUUGUAGGUAGUGUAUAUAUGUCUAUAGAUAAUUUUUUAGUGCUACUAGUUCUUCACAUUUGUGGCCAGUUGAAAAACUUUAGAGAUCGACUUCUUCAUAUUGUGUCUUGCAACAACUUCGACAAAACGUUAAAUAACAUCGUAGCGUCACAUUUACGUAUGAUCAGAUUUGCUGAUAAUAUCGAAAAUGCAUACUCUUUGAUGAUGUUAAUUAUGUUACUUCACUUCGUUAUUGCAUUCUGCCUAAGCGGGUUCUGUUUUGUAUUAGAGAUGGAUAGAAUAAUUACAACAAAAAUUUGGUUUUCGAUAAUGAAUCUUAUUGUCUUAUUAAUGAAUACUUUUCUGUUUUGCGGUGCAGGAGAAUUUCUAACGGAACACUGCAACGCAGUAUACCGUGCAAUAUGCAAUCUUGAAUGGUACAAAUUAGAAUCAAAAAAUGCAAGAAAUCUUAUUUUAUUACUAAUUCGAACACGUCAUCCUUGUUGCAUUACUGCAGGAAAAAUUAUUCCAUUGACAAUGGCUACUUUUUGCAGCGUAUUGAAAACAUCGUGCGGAUAUAUAACAUUUUUACUGGCAAAACGUGCUUAAAAAUUAAGAUGACAUAUUAACAUUCAUGUACCAGGGAGAAGUAAAUGUAUAUUUAACUAAAUAAUUACAAGUUGAUAAUAGUAUAUUGUAUUAACAAUUACUACAAUAUAAAUAAAACUUUCUUUUGUUUAUUACUACAUUUAUUAUAAACUAUAUUAAGUAUUUUGUAAUGUGAUGAAAUUUUUAGGGCACUUCGUAGAAAUACCUUAAUAGAUUUUAAUGCGUUUGUUUUUAUGUGUCAAGAAAAAGACAAAAAUAAAGCUUAAAAGAAUUCUGAA